UGGUUUCGACUGUUUUGUUAAACCGAACUAAAAAUGACCUGAAUUAAAUAAUAUUUUUACUGCAAUACAGCAACUAUGUUGUUACGAAGAAACGGUCUCCGCUACCAGAGGCGUUACUUAAGAUCCAAUUCAAGAUAUUCGUGUCACGUUGCUCCGACCGGAUCGGUCGGCGAGUCGAUAGAUGAGCUGGAACGACAGUUCCUGAACAAAUACGAACCAUGCGCUUCUCACAAGGAAUGCAUGAGGCCUCUACAUGAGACCAACAGUCUCAUCGACACUACUUGUCCGGUAGGCGACACUGAUCCUACCAAACGAUACAAAGUAAAAGGUUCAGCUAAUAAUUCCGUAAUGUAUGACCGAUGUCACCGUCCAACAAGACAAGAACGAUGUGACCAACCAGCUCGCCCGUCACAAGAGCGUUGUGAUCAACCAGCUUGCCCAUCACAACAAGAGCGUUGUAAUGAACCUACCUAUUCUGCACCACCUUCCUCCAGACACCGAACACCUAAACACAGUGUACCUUCUUGGAAAAUGCUCCCGACUGAAAAGAGCUCAGCUGCUGGUAAUGAAGCCAUAAAUAAAACAAAUAGAAGCUCGUCACUAAAUUCAAGAUCACCAAGACCGCCAUUGGUAUCAGAUAUCGUAUCUAAAAAUCGGCAACAAAGUUCGCGGUCUGGCACACCGAGAGAUUCACCAGGUCAUUCCGAAUCGAAAAGUCACAAAAGGAUUGUUCCAGGUCUAUUUUUGAAAGAUAUCUCGCCUUCCGGUACGGGCGCUGAUAGUGAGAGAUCUAAUACAAAAGACUCAACUCGACGUCUUUCGAAACUAAAAAAAACAGAAUUUGUAAAACGUUCUGUAGACUCUAAACAAAGUACUAAGCAUAAGCAACAAACAUAUCAACAUGAAUCAAUGACAGAGGAUGAAUAUAAAUCUCCGGCAAAAACACAUGACAGCGCAAGUCUUUCUGCGAAAAGCGGUCCAGAUAACAGCCUUCGUCUCUCUGGAAAAAGCCGCCCAGAUGGCAGUCUUCGUUUAUCUGCAAAAAACCGUUCAGAAGGCAGUCCUCGUCUCGCUGCAAAAAUUCGCCCGCAUGGCAGUUCUCGUCUCGCUGCAAAAAGCGACAAGAAAACAAUUUUUAGUCCAUCCGACUCGAAACGGUCUUCUGCCGGAUCCAGCACCAGAAGUUUUCCAAAAAGUAAACCUUCGCGAAAGUUACCAUCGUUGGCGAAAUCGUUCAAAAUUCGCGUCAAAAAUAAUAAAAGUAAACGUAAAAAAGAAUCUCGCUUAAGUUCUCCAGAGGUUGAUGAUGGUGAACCUUAUAUUAGAGUGGACAUCAGUCCUCGUAAAGAAACAAUUGACGGAAAUAAUUGUUUGAAUACUGAAUAUCCUGAAAAGAGUCCAUGUUCGGAUGAAGGUGCUGUCGUGGGUGAAACCGCGCUAAGAGAGACUGCUGCUCAAGAUUCACCCCGAAUUUCCCCAUGCCCAUGUUUUCGUUCAUUUUUACCAGAGUCCGAAGAAAUUAGUCCUAGGCAUAGUAGAAAUUCUCCUCGAGUUACCUUAGCAGUAAAAUCCCGUUCUAAACAACCUUGUUACAAUCCUGAAUGUCCUAAAAAGGCUGCUUGUAGAUCACCGUCUGCAGAUGAAGAUGUUGUUGCAAACAAAAUUCACCAUUUUAAACUGCCUUGUUAUAAUCCCAAUUGUCCUAAAAAGAGCCCUCGUAGGUCGAUGGGUGCGGAUGAAGAUGUAGGCCCCAGUAACGGAAUUCCCCUUUCUAACCUAAUUUGUUCUAAUCUGGAAUGUCCUAAAAAGAGCCCUCGUAGACCAUCACGUGUGGAUGAAGAUGUUGGCACAAGCAAAGAAAUUCCUCGCUCUAAAAUACCUUGCUAUAAUUUAGAAUGUUCCAAAAGGAGUCCUCGUAAAUCUUCGUGUGUGGAUGAAAAUGUUUGUCCUAGCAACGACUUUGACCGAUACAAGCCGCCAUGUCUAACCAGGGGUCCAGUUAUCCCCGUGUACGACAGACCGCCUUGUAUGGGGUACAUGGUUCCACCCGGCGUGAAGGACACUCUGAAAGAUAUCGUGAAUAAAAUAACAAUAUUUGGCUUAUCAUCUGGAACACCAGAAGUGGGCCCUAAUAAGCCCGUGACUGGACCUUGUAUGAGUACGACCGAAGAGUCCGACACACGGCGCUCGGUGCGGCUCUGCGACGCUAGCACCGCCUGCUCUGGGAAUAUCGAGGAGCUUUUUUUCAAUCGGUACUUACAGAAGAGUGAUGCUUCGGUUGACUGCGAUCGCGUUCACGCGUCAUUUAAGGACUCGACUUCACACCCUGAAUGUAAAGCGAAUCGGAAAUACAUUAAAACGCAAAAUGAUGAUUGUUCGUGUGCUCUGAAGCAGGAAAACGAGAGGCUCAGACAGAUUGUUGGCAAUAUGGAGAAUCAGCUCGGAGAUUAUCAUCAGCGGAUGUGUGCGGUGGAAUGCGCGCUCAAGAAUAAGGACGAUAUCAUCAAGAAGUACAAAAAACUCCUUGACGAAAAGGGAGAAGAGCUGGAAAAUGCUCAACAACAAAUCGCAGGGCUAACAGAUAAGGAGAGGGAUCAGAACUCCAACCGCGAAUCUAUCAUGGAGCAAUUACAAAAGACUCAAGAAAUUCGAGUGAAAGGAAAUCGAGUUUGGGUGUUGCAAGAACGGACAGCGGAGCUCGCGUACGCGGAGCGCAAGUGCGCCGAGCACGAAAGCACCAUUAACGAACUGCGCGAACAGCUAGAGAAAGCCGACCGCAUUAUUAAAGAGAACGUGAAGGUGCGCAGCGAGGUGGCGCACCUGACCCAGCAGGUGGCGCUGUGGCGGCGGCAGCUCGUGGACAGCGAGGCGCGCGUGCGCAGCGUCGAGGCCGAGCUGCAGCGGACGCGCGCGCGCGCCGCCGAGGCGGAGGCGUGCUACCGGGACAAGGCGCAGAGCGCGGCCGCGCUGCAGGAGCAGCUGGAGGACGCGCACGGCCGCGGCGCGCAGCUGUGCGCGGAGGCGCGCCGCGUCGUGCAGGGCGUGCGCCACUGGGUGCGCAACAUGAAGCAGCAGCAGCGGGAGCAAGAAGCGAAGAUAAACGAGCAGACGGCGACGAUAGCCGUCCUGGAGGAGACCUUAGGGAUGCCGAGGAGGGCUUCGCCCGUCGCCUCUCCGGAGACCCCCUUCGUCGGCGCGCCGGUCAGGUCGUCGACUCGGACCGGGCAGACGCUCGCCGGCCGGUUCCGGUCGAGCGAACGACCCGAGUGCGACUUCUGCGAUUCGUGUAAAGACACAUCGGCCGACACCGAAUUACCUACGACUUCCCGCACGGACAAAACAAGCAAUCAGGUCUGUCGAUGCAGGCAGCGCGACUGCGAGCGGCCCGGCUGCUCGCCGCCGCCCGAGCCCCCGCGGCGCCAGCUCAAGGUGAAGAUGUGCGAAAAUAUGGGGCCUUUGUCACCAACGGCGGAGCUAUUUGAGCGCGUGGAACGCCUGCAGGACGCGUUGACUGAUGGACAGAGACGGUGGCAAUCCCGCGGUUGUAAUACGGCACAUCAAUGAUAAGAUUAAUGUUAGAGUUUUUGUGGCGGUGUACAUUGACAAGAACCCUCAUAGUACACAAUUUAUGGUUGUCCUUUUUUUUCGCGGGCUUAUAAAGCGGAAGGACUUUCAAGUUAGAAAACUCCACAACCUCAUUAAGAAGACUUUGUUAACUGCAUUUAAAAUAACAGUAUUGUUUUACUAGUCCCAUUGUAGUUUGCU